AUGGCGAGUGAAGAUGAAGUAUACCAUGUACCAGAAGAUAUUGAGGUCCAAGAAAUCGGUCAAUCUGCCAGAAUGGGCGUUCCGGACAUCCAGGAGCCUGAGGCCGAAGAGCCGCAACCACGAAUUUGGCAGUUCUACGCAGCCACCCGGAUAUUUUCACUAACCCUCAUAUUGGGCAGCUUGAUUACUGGAUGGAUUACGUAUUCACUAAUGCCUGCUGAAAAAAAAUUUCUAAACAACGAAUGCAAAGCCGAGGAUUUGAAGCGCAGAUUCAUGAUCAUUCAAGUUAUUGGCACAGUCAUCGCUUUAGGGCAAUUGGUCAACAUAUGCUAUCAACUAAAAGUUAACACAGCCGAAAAAUACAAAAUUCAAGAACCAUUGAAUUAUGUGGACGGUAGAUCGGAGGUCCUGUUUAUUCUUCUUUUGGUAUUCAUUCCUCAGCUAACCAUUAUGACCGAUUUCGAUACCAAAUGCCGUUUAAAUACGACAUCUACUACCCGAUGGUGCGACAACCAGUUUUCGAACAUGGAUGCCCGGGAUUCUGCUGAUGUCAAGGCCCGACUGGCUUUCGCAAUUAUUGGCUUCCUAAGCUGUCAUUUCCGGUUUAUUUUCAGUAGAAAUUUGCCGAGGUUGGGCAGGAAAGGAGUGGCUGACGAGUUCGGAGCUUACAAAUUAGAGAAAACCAAGCAAAUCCAAACUCUCAUUUUCCUCGAUAAAAAGUGUCCACGAAUCCUAAAAUUUGUUGGCCUGGAUUUUCUCUGCAUUUGUCGAAAGAUUAAAAUUCCCUUACCAUGUUUUCUUGGUUACUGCAUAUUGGACCAUUGUACGCCUGUUUGGAGAUGGAUGUACUGUGUUUUGGAAUGCUGGAUCGGACGGCUUACAAUCUGUCCGAAAAAAGAACGAGGUGAAGUCUGGUAUGUGAACAGGGCCAGGAGAUGCCGCAGACGACCUGGGUUUUUUUGCAUUAACAAAGAAGAUCCGUUCUGGCUUGGCGAGUACACGAUGUUUAUCUUGGGUUUAGCAACGGUUCUGACUGUAUAUUACGUGAGCAUUUAUUUGUGUUUUCUACCCGGAGCAGGGAUAAAAAAAUUGGAAACAUUGUUAGGAAUAUACAACAAAAUGUUAGCUUUUUUAUAAGAUACUGAAUGCAUUAAAUAAAACCUAA